CAGCAUUCUGUUAUUGAUGGUUUUCUUGUGGCUUGUAGGAUGACGCUGAUCUUGCAACACGUGCUAUUCCUGAACUGACGAAGCUGUUGAAUGAUGACGAUCAGGUGGUGGUUGGGCAAGCAGCAAUGAUGGUGCAUCAACUCUCCAAAAAAGAUGCCAGUCGUCACGCAAUCAUGAACUCACCGCAGAUGGUGGCAACUCUGGUCAAAGCUCUGAACAACUCAAGUGAUGCGGAAACUACUCGAUGUGCUGCUGGUACCCUGCACAACUUGUCACACCACAGGCAAGGAUUGCUAUCCAUCUUCAAAUCUGGAGGCAUUCCAGCUCUGGUUAGGCUGCUGGGGUCCCCUGUGGAGGCAGUAGUGUUCUAUGCCAUCACUACUCUUCACAAUCUGUUGCUUCACCAAGAAGGUGCCAAGAUGGCUGUCAGACUUGCAGGAGGACUUCAGAAGAUGGUGGCACUUCUGGGACGUACCAAUGUCAAGUUCUUGGCUAUUGUGACAGAUUGCCUUCAUGUGCUGGCUUACGGCAACAAAGAAAGCAAGCUGAUCAUUCUGGCAUCCGGAGGACCUGCCGAGCUGGUGCGCAUCAUGAGAAGUUAUACCUACGAGAAGCUUCUCUUCACAACCAGCCGUGUGCUCAAGGUUCUCUCUGUGGACACUGACAACAAGCAGGCUAUUGUUGAGGCUGGAGGUAUGCAGGCACUGGCCAUGCAUCUCGGACACCAGAGUAACAGGCUGGUCCAGAACUGCUUGUGGACUCUGCGUAAUCUGUCAGAUGCCGCAACCAAAGAGGAAGGUCUUGACAACUUGCUGCAGAUGUUGGUGCAGCUGCUCUCAUCCAACGACAUUCAAGUGGUGACCUGUGCCGCAGGUGUCCUGUCUAACCUGACUUGCAACAACCCCGGCAACAAGCAACUUGUUUACAGGUUUGGUGGGAUCGAGGCACUGGUUAGGACCUGCAUGCAAGCUGGAGACAGAGAAGAGAUCACUGAACCUGCGGUUUGCGCUCUACGUCAUUUGACAAGUCGCCAUGAAGAUGCAGAAAAGGCUCAAAAUGCGGUGAGGGUUCACUUUGGCUUGCCAGUCUUGGUAAAACUCCUUUACCCCCCAUCUCGCUGGCCUCUCAUAAAAGCUGUUGUUGGCCUCAUGCGUAAUCUUGCAUUGUGCCCCCUCAAUCACACUCCAAUCCGUGAGCAUGGAGGCCUGCCACAGCUUGUCCAGCUGAUGAUGCGAGCUCAUCAGGACAUGCAGAGGAGACCCGGACAGAGUGUGGUGAUUGAUGGCGUAAGAAUGGAAGACAUUGUAGAUGGAUGUGUUGGUGCACUGCAUAUCUUGGCACGCGAAGCCCACAACAGGGCUGUUAUAAGAAGUCUCCACUGUAUUCCUCUCUUUGUUCAGCUUCUCUAUUGCCCAAUUGAGAACAUCCAGCGUGUUGCCGCUGGAGUUCUUUGUGAACUGGCACAGGACAAGGAAGGUGCAGAGGCCAUUGAGGCCGAGAAUGCAACAACCCCCUUAACAGAUCUGUUGCACUCAAGAAAUGAAGGCAUUGCAGCUUAUGCUGCUGCAGUUUUGUUCCGAAUGUCUGAGGACAAGUCACAAGAUUACAAGAAGAGACUGUCAGUCGAGCUGACAAGUUCUCUGUUCCGAGACGAUGCACCUUGGCCAGAGCCAAUGGAUGGUGACUUCCCAGACCCGAACUACAGUAUGCCGCCUGGAGGAUACGGUUAUCCACACGAGGGAUUUGAUUACAAUCAGCCUAUGGAUUACUCUCACGAGGCUGCUUAUGACUUCCACCAUGGGGACCCUUCUAUGCAACCUCUCGCCCAUCCCCCUCCCCGCGGGGGCACCUGGUAUGACACUGAUUUGUGAGAAGAGACAGAAUCCUAGUCCCAGGACUUAGAAUAUCGUAAACCUUGGAAUAGGUUUUGGAACUUUUAUUUUCUGCCACCUCUAGUUAUCUUGGCUUGCCUUCAAACAACACUCUGAUACUAGCCUUUAGGGCAAGGAUUAGUUCAUGUAGGGCAAACAAAUCCUCAUAGAUCUGUCAGAAGUUGCCAAGAGGCAACCCUAAUUGUACUGCAAGUUAGGUGUCUUCCUUGUCGAUGUAAGUCCUGGCAGCUUGCCAGGUUCAGCCAUUUUAAACGGGUGUUCUACAUGUACAUGCAAGAACUGUCGCAGGACUUAAGACCAGUGAAUGAAACUUUGUAAAAAUGAGUAAGUCUUUUCCCUUGAAGUUUUCUUUUCUCAGUUUUCGUUUGAUUGUGAGAAGCUUGAGAAGUAAAAACAUUGCCACCGCCAAAGUCAAUGUUUUUCUUUGCACACGAGGUAAUUUGCGGGAUGUAUUAUUAUUUUUAAGCGCCAUGUGUAAUGUAAACCUUGUUGCCAUGUGAGUUUUUCUUAUAUCACGUAUUUUUAGACCUUGACAUUUUGAACAAAGAACAAAAAAAACUACUGAAGACAUUGUUUUACUUUAUUUACACAACUGCCCUUUUGAGUACUUGAAUUUGUCAAUUUACUGGAAAACCAUUGCAUAUUGAGUUGUGUAUCCCACAGGUUGUAUGCCUUGGUUUUACACAGCCUUGAUGUUCUACUUGUUUUAUUUAUAUGGACUUUAGGGAAGAAUCUUUCUACCUUUUUUUUCUGUUACACUGUGAAUAUCUCCUUUAGUCAGUUUGACCUCAUUUUUCCUUUGUAUAGAAGCAUUCCAUCUCUAGCUAGUACAUCAUGUAUGUUACACAAACUGUAGUUGUUUUUCCUAUCAUUACUAUCCCUGUAAAUGCCUUCUCCUUUCUGUAAAUUACUUGUUGAGAAAGUAGUUUCUUGGAUCAGCAGUAAUUCGAUUUCCUCUUUACUGAAUGUAUCAUAGUAGGGUCCUUUUUUUCUUUCGCUUUGAAUUAUUGUAUUUAUAGAUUGCCAUGUUGCUGAGAGCUUAGCAGUGAAAUAAUUUUAGGUAUUUUUAGCCAUGCUCGGUGUUGCCACUCAGCAGUGUAUUGAAAUUAUUGAUAUGCUGUGAAUUGAACUGUGAUUGAACAGCUAUGUGCUAUUAAAUUUUUUUAAUCAUGUAGAAAAA